AUGAUUUGUGAAAAUAAUAUUUGCAUCCAAUAAUUUACAGAUGCUAAUAAAAGUACUAAUUACAAUAAUAAUAAUAAUACUUAUUAUUAUAAUAAUCCUUUAGAAAAUUUUAUCCAAGCUAAAUGUGGAGAUGGGGAUAUCAAUUAAAAUGAACUAUGUGAUGAUGGCAACUUAAUCGAUGGGGAUGGAUGUGAUUCAGACUGUUAACCUUCAAAAAAUAGCAUUUGCUAUUUAAAUGAAUGUAUUUAAAUCUAUCAUCCUGUCCCUUAAUUGAAAUUUGUUAAAUCAAUUGAGAACUGCUAAAUUCUUUCUUUAACUUAUGAUUAGAAGAUCAGACUUUCUCUUAAUAAUACAUUAGAAUAAUACUUAAACUCAUUAUCUGGUUCUGUCGUAAACACUAAAGUAAAUGUUUCAAUUGAAGCAAAUAUUAAGCCAUCUUAGGAAUUAGACUAUGCUGAAAUAAUAAUACAGAUUUUGUAUUUAGAAAGAGCUGUUGAUCCCAUCUUUAUUCUAGAUUUUCUUGAUCUGAGCAUCAUCAUCAAUGAAUAAGAAUUAGAAUAAGAAUAUUAACAAAUAUAGAUGUAGUUAGCAUCUCCUAAUCUUUUAUCAAUCGAAGAAUAAAGGACUACUGGGUCUAUCAUUUUAUUUAGUGAGUAUCAACUAUAAAUUAUAGCUGGAUUAUGGAAAAUUUUAAAUAAUAUGUAAAUGUUAUAUUAUUACAAAUAUAUUAAUAUUAUCAAGGGAUAAAAUUUGAUAAAAUUUUUUGACACGUUUAAAAUAAUUUAAUUAGCAAACUUUUAUGAAUUUAUUGGAUUUUAACCCUAAUCCUUUAUUUUUUUCGAUGUAUCUUAGGAAAAUUCACCAUCAAUCUUCGAAGAUGAUGGAAGAAGCUCAAAUUUUUUGAGUGCUUUUUUAGAAGUAUUCUCUAUUUUUUUCUUAGCCUAUUUCAGCCAUUUAUUCUCCUAAAUAAUAAUUAAAAAACUUCUAAAGUGUAUUUCAUAAUUUAAUACUGAAAGCCCAAAACUUUAUUAAUUAAAAGUAUUGAAGCAAUUAACAAAAAUUUGCAAGAAACAUUAUGGAAUUUAAUUUAAAGCAUAAUUUAAAGUUAUAUUCUAAUCUCUUAUUUAUGAAUAUGUUAUUAACAUGAUGUUAUCAUUUCAAUAUUAAAAUAACUACAAUUUAUAAGGAAUAAUAAGUUUGACCCUAAAGAUUAUGUUACUAAUCUUGAUAAUUUAAUAUUUAAUCAACAAAUAGAAUUAAAGAUUUAGCGAAUUUUAGUAUACUUACAGUUGUAUACAAAAGAUAAUUUUUAGUAUAAUUUUAGUAGGAUGUUUUGAAUGUCCAAUAAUUUAAAUAUAGCUUUGUGCUAUCAACGAACUAUGUUAUUUUUCAUUUCUUUUUAUUAAACGAAAUGAAUUAGAAAAAUUUGAAGGUUUUAAGAAGUAAUUUAAGCAUUUAACGUUUUUCUUUAUGAAUGUGAUUUAUUCGAUUCAUGAAUUUUCUAAAAAAAAUCCGCCGAAUUUGAUUACUCUAGGAUGGAUCUAAAUUGGAAUUAUGAGUUUUAAUUUAAGCACUCUACUUUGA